AUGACGGCCUCGAACCGCAUGGUAGUUGGGUCUGCUCUUUGGGGGGGUUCCACUUCCAGGUUGAAACCUGAUGCAGCUUGCGUCAUCACCUGCCGCCCUACCCGGCGCAUUCAGAACGCCUCGGAGGAUUGUGCACAAACUGUCCAAAAGGCCAGAGAACUUUCAAACCAGCGCAACGUUUUAUCUGCAUUACAGUUUCACGUCCUUGAUCAGCGAUUCCAGGAAAUCGCCACGGCUGCCGACAACACCUACUCAUGGAUUCUUGAUGGCCAGGAUGUCACACCCUCAGGCGACUUCCAAGAACAUGAGUCGAAGUUGAAAGCCGUUCAGCUUGUAGAUGAGUGGCUUCGAAAAGGCGAUGGUGUAUUGCACAUUUCCGGAAAGCCUGGGGCCGGAAAAUCAACGCUCAUGAAAUUUCUCUUUGAACAUGAGACUACCUACGAGAAAUUGGGAGAGUGGGUUGGCGAUGUCAGGAAGUUGGUGCUUGGAAAGUUCUUCUUCUGGAGACAAGGCACUCCCUUACAGAAAAGUCUAUCAGGCCUGAAGCGUGCCCUGCUAUACAGUAUCCUGAAGCAGUGCUCAGGAUUCAUCGAAACCAUCUUUCCACAGCAUUGGGACCCUUCGGAAUAUCAACCCGGAAUUCAGCCUUCGGCGCUUUCCAUUGACAACAAGGAGAUCUCGGACGGAUUAAAUCAGCUGCUGUGUAGUCCCGAUGUUUACAGUCACCAACGGCUUGCCCUUUUCAUCGACGGUCUGGACGAAUUUGAGGAUGAUCAUCAGUCACAUCAUGACCUCCUGGACGCUAUUAUGGAGUGGGUUGACAGUUCCAGAGGCUGCCUGAAACUCUGCGUUUCAAGCAGAGAGGACCGAGUCUUCAUGGAACGCUUUCGCGCCCAGCAGAGAUUCCGGCUACACGAGCUCGAUGCGGCGGACAUUUUGGCAGUCAUUAAACAAGGACUGUUUGCAAACCCGAACUUCCAAGGCCUUCGAGACAAACAGCCUGCGGACUGUGAUCGCCUCAUACGUGAACUAGCGCGCAAGUCCGAAGGCGUCUUCCUUUGGGUCAUUUUGGCCAUCCGGAAUGUGGUCGAGUCAUUGGAAUGCCAUGAGUCACUGGAUAAUAUCAGCAAGAAGGUGGACUUGCUGCCACGAAAACUUCACGAUCUCUUCACAACCAUCCUCACUUCGAUCCCGGAGUCACAGCUGAGCGAGUCUUGCUGCACUCUGGCUUAUGCGCUGGUAGCUGCAAGACUAACGGCGGCUCCAGGAAUAUACGAAUUUUCAAGCUGGCAGGCUUCUCUUUGCUCAUUGCCUCAGUUUUCAUUCUUGGACGAAUAUAUGCAAAGCUCCAGCAAGGGCAUCCAACGUUCCGGUAUGAUAGGCGACGAAGAGAUGGAACAGCGAAUUUCGAGGUCUGCGGCACAGUUGUUAGCCCGUUGUCGGAAUCUCCUUACAGUUAUUUUCGAAGGCUUUCCACACGGUUACUUCUACUUCAUUCACCGUUCCAUCCCCGAGUUUCUUGUCGAAUUCCUUCAGCCUGGUUCCGCUGCCUAUCAGCACCUUCUCGACAGCAAUGGUCACUUCAAUGCUCUUGCAGCCUAUUUAGACACCCUAAGAAGAGCUGUCGAGUUCGGCUCGUACCGUUUGUGUGACGAUGUGGCGCUCUGUGCCGUUGCGGGUUUGGUUUCGUCCCUGAAGGCAUUAACGGAAGCUCCUCCAACUUAUUUCACCUAUUUGGACGCGAUUGACACAGAGUUACUCAAAAGGUACCAGUGCGAACAUGACAGAGCCAAAAGCGUAUGGGAAAGGGGCGACACUUCAGUUCUAUUCUUUUGGCCUCUCUACAUGGCCUCCGACUACGGCAUCCCCGAUUACGUUCUCUGGAAAGUGCCAAAUUAUCCCCAGCUCCUCACCGGGCGGGAGGGUUUUCGUUUGGCAGUAUCAAUUGUCGCAAAUCACAGUCUUCCGAGAUUUUAA